UGGGCGUGGAGUAAACGACAGAUCAUGCACAGCGAGUAACGGGAACCUAAGCUGCAAGCGUCCUGAGCUGUAGACAGAUCUCAUUAAAGGAUGUAUCGACCGGUGCAGCACAGUGUGUGUGGAGCCUGACGUUCCUCCCAGGGCUGUGUGUGAUUGUCUGUCCUGUUUCAUUGGUGAGAGUGUGCGUGGACAUCUACCCCCACCCCCAUUUCCUGGGACCUGUCGCCACGACAACCAUGGACUGCGGACUGCGUCUGCCUCCCGUCAUUGAGGAGGUCUUGGAUUCUGCAGAUGAUGUGUGCGACCUGAAAGCGGAGCGGCCGGGCAUGGGCGGCGAGAUGACGGCUAAACAGCGAGUGUCACUGGAGGAGAAUGAGGAGAGAGAGCAAAAGGAGGUGGAGGUGGGAAAUGGAGAGAAGGGCCAGGAGGAUGAACGAGAGAAGAAAGAGGUAAAAGCGGAGGAGGGAGAUAGUGAGGAGCGGAAAGGAACAGAUGAGGAAGAUGAACUUGAAGUUCUGAGAUCGCAGAUGGUUCAGCUGCUUUUGGAACUGGAAGAGACCAGAGAGGUGUCGCAACGACACGAGGAGAGCUGCAACGAGCUUCAGGGUCUUCUGGAGGAAGAACGACUGGCAAGCGCUCACCAGGCCGAGAGUUUUACGAGACAGAUCCAGAGACUUCAAGCCCAACUGCGCUCGGUACAAGAGGAGUUGGACAGCCUGGAGGAGGAGAAGGCCAGCGAGCUGUGGGAGGCGCAGGAGGAGCUGCAUGCAGCGCAGGAGGAGGUGCAGGAGCUGCAGCAGGCAGCAGAGGAGGCCGCAGCCGAGAGGGAGAACGAUAUCGCCCUGCUGCAGGAGGAACUUUGCCGCCUGCGUGCCGAAUUGGAGCGCCUGCGCGGCACCACGCAGGAGUACGAGAUGGAGUUGACCACGCUGCGAGCCGAGAUCAACAUGAAGAGCCAGCACAGAGAAGAGCAGGAGAAAGCAGGAGGAGAGGGUGAGGUGGAUCAAUUGAUGGAGGAGUGUCGUUCUUUAAAGGACGAGUGUCAGACGCUGAAAAACGACAACAAGCAGCUCUCUGAGAAACUGGAGAUGUUGGAGCAACAGAGAGCCAGCUCCGCUGACACAUACCUGGCCCUGAAAUCAGAGCUGAAUGAUGGAGAGAAUGACAAUGAAAACCAUCGAGAAAAAGAAGUGGAGGCAGAGGGUUGCAUCAGCACAUUGGAGGUAGAACAAGGUGGGAAUUGGGUGGAUGCUUAUACCCAGAAGAACAUCUCGUUUGAGGGGAAACCUGUUACCCCAACGGGCAGGAGUGGAGGCUUCUCGGAGGUGUUCUUCCUUAGAGAUCAGCUGAAACAGGCUGAGGAGAAAGCAUCACAGGUUCAGAGAGAGUGUGAGGGUCUAAAGGGAGAGCUUCAAGAACUCCAGGGGCUCUACGAGAGCAGCCAGCAGGAGAGGACAGAGCUUGAGGCGGAACUACAGCGAUGCAGGGCAGAGCUUGAUCGGCUGGCUGGGAAGAAGGCUCAGAGCUCCACUCCUUCGUCUGAGUCCCCUAUUCUCUCCAUACCCUUCAUAGGAAUGGUUGUAAUAAUGGGCCUGAUAUGGUGCUGCUGGAAGGAGCUCUUAUCCUAAAGGGGGAAAGGAGAGUGAGGGAGACUGGAACCUGGUGAUGGUUGUUGCCAUGGCAGCAGCGGCAGUUCUACUCAUUCCCAGUUUGACCAGAGCUUUGGCCUGAGGGCUGGACCGGAAGUGACCUCAUCAUCAACCAUCAGCUUAAUUAGUUGCCUCACGCUGGUACACAAUUUCUAUCAUCUUGACCACAUUUAACCACCAAUGGAAAUUGAAAACCAUUGUUUACCCAUGUCAUAUGGGAACAACUUCCAAAUUUGAUGCUUUUCGAUGUGCAUUGUGUUGGUUGUUUGCCAUCUCAACUGCUUUGCUUUGCUUUGCUUUUGUAGACAAUCAUAUCCAUUUUAACCAGCAGUGCUACAGACACUGACAUUAUGGAUAUUAAAUGGUUAGAAUGGAGAAGAACUCCAGGAUUCUGAUUGGUCCAGCUCCCCACUCCAAUUCAUGUUUUUUUUUCCUUCCAUAAUGGAUGGAUGACUGGCAAUUUUAAAGGUUCUCCAGAUACUUUUUGCCUUAUUAUCACUUUUUGAUAGAACAUUUGCACAUUUUAACUCUUUUGUCUCAAAAUAAGCAGAUUUCAGAUCUCCUCUGGGUCGAUGUGGAUUCCGUUCUUCAUCAACAAUGCUUUGGAUGCCACAAAUUGCUUUUUGCUUCAUUGGUUUUCAAUUAGGGAGGAGCAUGCAGUACUAUUUAAUCUUCCCAGAUCUUCCCUGGCAUUUGUAGUAAUUAUAUACUGAAGUCACAAUACUGUCAGAGUCAUUUGUGUUUGGGCUGAAUAACCAUUGCACGACCCCUUCGGUUUCAACCAAAACUGAUUGUACAAUAAUUCUCUGUAUGCUAUCAAAGGAGAAUACCCAUGUGAUGUAUACUAUUUGUUAUUUUUGUGUCUUGAUAAAAGCUAUUGAUUUAGAAGGAAAACACAAUCCAGUUUUUCCAGAAUUCAGGGGGCCAUCAAGGUGUGGGUUAAGAUUAUUCCAGUAGGUAAAUGUGCUCUUCAUUUUGACUUGAUCUUAUUUGAAUUGUACACAGAUAUUUUUGUAUCUGAAUUUAUUCUGAGACAUGAAAUUAUAUAGAUUGAUAUUGUGCAUGUAGAUUGAUAAUUGAUGCUAAAAAGAGUGAGAAAUAUUUUUAUAUAAUGGUCGACUAAUGCAGACACUAUAAUUACACUAAAAUAUAUCUGAAAAAACAGAGUGUAAUGAACAAGCACAGAUCUACUGUAUUUCCAUUAUUGCAUUGAUUUUGCAGUGAUUUUAUCUUAAGUUUGCAUGUUUGCAAUGACACAACAAAGUUGUCAUAUAUCUUUAUGAUCUUUUCUCUGCAAAGAAGCCACUUUUGUUUUAAAUUGAAAAAAUUGAGUUUGCAAGAUAUUAACGUGCAAAGUGUCAUAAAACACUAGAAAACUGUUAAAGAGAAUCUCUUCUGAGAAAUUAUACAUCGCUUACAACGCAUUUCAAAUCUGUAGCAUAAAUACAUGGAUCUUAAUUAUAAAUCUAAUAAGAGUGCUACUUAUAUAAGCAGAAACUUCCAUACUUCCUUUCACCAAAAAAUGUUAUAAUAUGUAACAUGUCUUAAAUUAUGUAUCCUCAACUUAAGAGAUUUGCAAGGGAGAAAUGUACUUCUAUGUAGCUUUUUUUCUUCUAUUCUUUCAGUAGUCUCUUCAGUUGUCAGAGACUUAAUUUUGGGGUCUCUGUGUGGAAGGGAACUAUUGUAGAAAUACAUUCUUGUAUGAAGAUCAACUAAAUUCAUAUCCACCAUGUAAAGGUUCUGGUAAACUAAUGCUUUGAGCCUUGAGGUACUAUUGUUAUGAACAAAAUCUAUCACUUUAAUGCUAGUCCUCCUCACCUGAUGUCUUUUGGAGUCAUUUUCAACAACACAAAGUAGACUUCUCAACAAAGUGGCUAAAUCGUAGUAGAAAUACUUGCUUCUUGUGGCAGUGAUUUCUCUGUACUGUGGUUUUAAAUGUAGGUGACACUCUCAGACCUGGCAUUAGUUGUUGCUAAGUCUCAGUGUUUGGGUAUCUACAGUAUAUCCCAAGGUUGUCGAGUGCUGUUUUUGCUCUCCUGUUUAUAGACUCAGAACUCAGUGGUAGCACAGCUGAAUGUUCUAUGUAUCAAUGGUGAACUGACUUUUUAUAAGACAGUGCAUGCAAUACAGUGACUUGUCUUUUAAAUAAAAAUGUGGUAUUUGUAGCGCAAUGUACUGAAAGGUUUAUUAAUUUGAAAUCUGAAACUGUUUAAAGGAAUAGUUCACCCAAACAUAAAAGUUCUGUCAUAGUUUACUCACCCUCAUGUCGUUCCAAUUCUGUAUGACUUUUGUAUGAAUAACACAAAUGGUAGUGUUUCAAUAAAUAUUACAAUGGCAGUAGAUAGUGCCUCACUUUAAAGCUUAAAAACAAAAGGAUCCAAAAGUAUCAUAAAAGUAGUUAAUGUGAUUCAUGCAUCAUAUUCCAAGUCUUCUGAAGGCAUAUAAUAGGUUUUGUUGAGAAACUUCGUGAAAUUUAAGUCAUUUUUCAGUUUAAAUCUUGACGUCCGCUGCACGUUCAUGAGCACUAUGACAAAGUUUGUGUUGUUUUUCACCAAAAAUCAUCAUACAAGUUUGGAAUGACAUAAGGGCAAGAGUUUUUAUUUUUGGGAGAACUACAGUAUUGCUUUAAUUUGUUUUGGGUUAAAAGGAACUGAUUUACAAUGAUAAUGAAUUUGGUAUCAAUUAUGAUGAUGGAGCCAGAUAAAAAGCAUAUUUUGUUUUAAAGACAAGACAAACACACUUCCACUCAGUACUUGUAAAUCUUUUAAUAUUUACAGAUUGCAUAUUUGCAUGUCCAUGGUGGUAGAUUCUGCAUGCGGAGUGAUAAAAACCAGUGGUAGAUUUUAGCUCGUGACGAUUUCGUACAAGAAUACCAAGUAGACUUCGCAUGAACUGUCCAAAUCUACAACUUGAAACCUAAAAUUGUUGUAACAACUCCAAUUAGUUCUUUAUGCAGUUUUUAAACCUUUCCUAUUUGUUUUGUGUUUGAGACUAAUGACUGAUGUCAUUUCUGUUCUGUUUUGUUUUGUUAUAUCUGUUCAGUGCACAGUUACUUUGAUCAUGGAUAAAUCCAAUAUGACUAAUUUACAUUACAAAGAAACUGUACAAUCUUCGGAAAGCUCAGUCUUUCUCCAGAUGUAUUUUCUUAUGAAAUAGAAUAUAAAAAUAUAAGCUUUAUCGAUGCUAUAUGGUAUCAAUGAAAAAUUUUGAAUGUCAUUUUGAUGCUUAUUUAUGUCCAUUCAGUAUCUCCACACCACUAAAGAGUCUCUCCUCUGUUCAGUUUGUUAUCUUAUUCAUAGGACAAUUGUGAAUUUUACAGGCUAACAAAAUGGUUAGAAAUCCAUGACAGGUGUAAAUGCCGCUUUACUGGUUGUUGGGGAGUAUAUAAAUGUAUGGAAAUGUUUGUAUCUGGCGAUGCGGCAAUGCUGCUGCUUGUCUGUAUAUGGUUGUAUAAUUGUAAUUGUACUGUACAGUGUCUUUGACAUGUUUACAUGUUGUCCUGCCUUAGGCAUUUGUGAAAAAAAUAAAAAUAAUACAAUUUUGAGUA